UAAGCCGACUCGCGUGUAUCUUCUGUAUCUCAGUUCUCAGAAAGAAAUACAGAGAGAGAUCGAGCUAAUUUUAUGCAUACGGGCUCUGAAUUUUGAUGCCACUUGGAAAUCAAAAACCCAGGUAUAUAUCUAUCUAUCUAUCUUGCUAACUCCUCCUUUCAUCUGCUUCUUCUCGUGAGAAGAAUCGAAGUCUUGUGAUGGAACGAAGAUUUCUCUUGUAGUAAGUAUUGACUGAAUUAAUGGCUUCCUUUUCUAUUGCCUCCAACAAUGGUCCCUUCUUACUUACUCAAGAAAAAUCGAGACUUUCUAUUAAAAACUCCACAUCAUCUUGGGGAGCUUUUGCAUCUCCCUCUUGUUCAUCAAUUUCCUUCUCGGGUUUUAGUAAUUCUCAACAAAGAUUAUUGAUUGAUGAAAAUGGUAAAACUACGCAAACCCAUCUCAGAAAAAGAGACAUUAGUAGAUUUUCGUUAAGAUUCAAGCCGAGGCUUCGAUUAUUGUCUGUAAGGUUUAGAAAGGCGUCUUCUGUAGUAGUAAUAGUGUCUAUAUUGGAUGGAAUUGGACCAUUUAUCAGAAAGAACAUAAGAAAAAUGAUCAUUCCUGCCUCAAUUUCACUUGCCUUUGGUCUCUCCUUUCUAUUUCUAAAAUUGACUGCAAUUCCAUCUCCAAAAGCUGUACCCUACUCUGAUUUGGUCUCCAACCUUCAGCAUGGAAUUGUAUCAAAAGUUCUGUUUGAAGAAGGAACGCGUCGUAUUUACUACAACAGUGAUUCUUGGAAUGCUGACACCUCUCAAAACGAGGUUGAUAUUAAAGCUAAGCCUCAACGAGGUUGUCGAGCUUCGAAAUGGGAAUACUCUACCCGAAAGAUAGACCACGACGAGAGCUAUCUUUUAAGCUUGAUGAGAGAAAAGGGAACAAUGUAUAGCUCAGCUCCUCAAUCACUUUUGAUGUCUAUGAGAUCUAUCUUGAUUACAGUUAUAUCGUUGUGGAUUCCUUUAACUCCAUUGAUGUGGCUUCUUUAUCGUCAACUUUCUUCCGCUAAUAGUCCUGCCAAGAAACGACGUCCUAGCACCAACACGGUUAGCUUUGAUGAUGUAGAAGGCGUUGAUGCUGCGAAAGUAGAGCUCAUGGAGAUAGUGUCGUGUCUGCAAGGCGAUAUUAACUAUAACAAACUAGGAGCGAAGUUACCGAGAGGUGUUCUUCUGGUUGGUCCACCCGGGACGGGGAAGACCUUACUAGCUCGGGCAGUAGCAGGAGAAGCCGGAGUUCCAUUUUUUAGCGUUUCAGCCAGUGAAUUUGUGGAGCUUUUUGUUGGUAGAGGGGCUGCCCGAAUUAGAGACCUUUUUAGUGUGGCUAGGAAGAAUUCCCCGUCAAUCAUCUUCAUUGACGAGCUUGAUGCGGUUGGAGGGAAACGUGGUAGAAGCUUCAACGAUGAACGGGAUCAAACGCUAAACCAGUUGUUGACGGAGAUGGAUGGAUUUAACUCGGACAUGAAGGUGGUAGUUAUCGCUGCAACUAAUAGACCAGAAGCUUUGGAUGCAGCCCUUUGUCGGCCCGGUCGAUUCUCGAGAAAGGUUUUUGUUGGCGAACCGGACGAAGAUGGGAGGAGGAAAAUCUUGGGCGUUCAUUUGAGAGAAGUUCCUUUAGACGAAGAUAGCGGGCUCAUUUGUAGCCUUGUCGCAUCUCUUACUCAAGGAUUCGCGGGUGCUGACCUGGCAAAUAUCGUUAACGAAGCAGCUCUACUUGCUGCUCGAAGAGGUGGGGAAUGUGUAAGUAGGGAGGAUAUUAUGGAAGCUAUUGAAAGAGCAAAGUAUGGAGUCAAUGGAAAGGAGGCUAGACAAAGCACCCUAAGCAAGGAACUUGGAAAACUCUUUCCUUGGAUGCCAUUGUUGAACGGAAAGAGCGACUCGAGACAAGAUGGUUUUGAAGGUCCUCUCGGCUAUCAGACACUAAGUUGAUUGUUGAUUCAAACAUCCUUAUUGUCGUGUUGUCCUUGAUUCUAUGGAGAAAGAAACAAACAUUUUUCACGAAAGAAACAUAAUUUUUUGAACGUCAAAGCGCUGCAUAAAUCAAGUUAAUACAUUAUUCUAUAAAUGAAUACGGAUAAAUCAAAUCUUUAUUCAGGAGGCUCCAAUUCUGAAAUGAGAAAAACUAACUAAUAAGCCGACUUCUGUUGGCUAUAUCGCAGUAUACUGUGAACAUCGAUUAUGCCUGGAGG